AUGGCGACAGUCGAUAACACCGAACCUGCAGAGAAAUUAGGUCACAAUCAUCCACUUUUCCUGAAUUCAAAUGAUAAUUCAGGAGCUAUAUUGAUUUCGUUGCAAUUGAGAGGACUGGAAAACUACUCCGUGUGGAGCCGGGCAAUGAGGAUUGCAAUCCUAGAAUUAUUGAGUGGAAUAGUGUAUUCCUCAAAUGCUAGUGCGGUAUGGGAAGAUCCGAAGGAGCGUUUUGAUAAGGUGAAUUGUUCUAGGAUUUUUCACAUCCGCAGAGAAAUUGAUAUUGCUAGGCAGGGCACUAGCUCAAUUUCAACUUAUUUCUCAAAAUUGAGAGUGCUUUGGACAGAAUUUGAUAGUUUGGCACCAAUUCCUAGUUAUGACGCUGCCAAUUCUCGUGAAUUUGUUCAGUUUAUGGAGCGCCAAAAGCUUUUGCAUUUUCUAAUGGGACUGAAUGAAUCAUACGAGCAGGCUCGAAGUCAGCUCUUGAUGAUGAUACCAGUGCCAUCAGUGAAUAAGGCAUAUUCUAUGCUUAUGGAACGUGAAAGCCAAAAGACUAUGGCAAGUGCUUCUACUAGUCUAGAUGCUGGUGAAAUGGCUGCCUUGUUGACAAAUAGAGUUGGAAAUCAGCAAAAGCCAAAGAAGAAUUACAACCUCUACUGUGAUUACUGCAAAUUGAAAAGUUAUACUAGGGACAUAUGCUACAAGUUAGUGGGAUAUCCAAAUGAUCACAAAUUUAAGAAGAAAUGCAAUCCUCAAGGAACAGCUAAUUUGGCAACUGAACAGCCUGCUCCAACAACCUUCACUUCCAAUCCCACUACACCUUCACACCAUAACAAUACCAACAAAUCCUGCAAUUGCUCAAGUGUAAGCCCACCGAAGUUACAACUAAUGCAGCAGAGCUGGAAACAUGUACUAUUACAUCCUUAA